UGCGAGUGAGGGCUUGGAUGGGGCUGCCCCGCCGUCCUUGGGCGCUGCAGGAAACAACAUGACUUAGGUGACUCUGCCCAGAGGUGCACCAGCCGUGAUGCAGCAGCCGCCAGUGGAGACGGAUACCAUCGGGGCCGGUGAGGGGCCACAGCGGGCGGUGCCCUGGUCAGCCUGGGUCACGCGGCAGGGCUGGGUGCGCUGGUGGGCGUGCCACGUGCCCCCAAGCUGGGUCCAGUGGUGGAGCACCUCGGGCUGGCGGCAGCCGCUGCAGCGUGUGCUGUGGGGUCUGGAGGGGAUACUCUACCUGCUGCUGGCGCUCAUGCUGUGCCACGCACUCUUCACCACCGGCUCCCACCUGCUCAGCUCCUUGUGGCCCGUCGUGGCCGCGGUGUGGCGCCACCUGCUGCCAGCUGUCCUGCUACUGGUGCUCAGCGCCCUGCCUGCCCUCCUCUUCACAGCCUCCUUCCUGCUGCUUUUUUCCACACUGCUGAGUCUCGUGGGUCUCCUCACCUCCAUGACUCACCCAGGCUAUGCUCAGGACUUGGACCAAUAGAAGGGCAAUCUCA